CUGGGGGGCGGUGCUCGGAAGCUAAGGUGCGUUCUUUAGGUUCGGCGCCUGGAGGGGAGACAGUGGAUGAUACCAGAGGGAAUCAGCAGGGGGCGCGUCUCUUGGUGCUGGGUCUAGUGGCACCGCAAGGCGGGAGAAGGAAUGUGUGCUGUGCCCCCAGCCUGGGUCUCAAUACACGUCACAAAGCCGAGCACUUACUGUUCCAACAUGGUCCAGCAUUGUGCAGCCAUAAACCGCUCUGUGCAAGUUGUUAACCUAGACCCUGCAGCAGAAUACUUCAAUUAUCCUCUGAUGGCUGACAUUCGAGAAUUAAUUGAAGUGGAUGAUGUUAUGGAAGAUGACUCCUUAAGGUUUGGUCCCAAUGGUGGUUUAGUAUUUUGCAUGGAAUACUUUGCCAAAAACUUUGACUGGCUUGAGGAUUGUCUUGGCCAUGUGGAGGAUGACUAUAUACUCUUUGAUUGCCCAGGUCAGAUUGAACUCUAUACUCAUUUGCCAGUGAUGAAACAGCUGGUGGAGCAGCUGCAGCAGUGGGAAUUCCGGGUCUGUGGAGUUUUUCUUGUUGAUUCUCAGUUUAUGGUGGAAUCUUUUAAGUUUAUUUCCGGUGUCUUGGCAGCCCUCAGUGCAAUGAUAUUGUUAGAGAUUCCACAGAUCAACAUCAUGACCAAAAUGGAUUUGUUGAGCAAGAAAGCUAAAAAGGAAAUUGAAAAAUAUUUAGAUCCUGAUAUGUAUUCUGUGAUCGAAGAUUCUGCAAAUAUACUAAAAAGCACAGUGUUCAAGAAACUGACUAAAGCUAUAUGUGGAUUGAUUGAUGACUACAGCAUGGUUCGAUUUUUACCUUAUGAUCACUCUGAUGAAGAAAGCAUAAAUAUUGUGCUGCAGCACAUAGACUUUGCCAUUCAGUACGGGGAAGAUCUAGAAUUUAAAGAACCAAAGGAAAAUGAAGAAGAGAAACCUGCUACUUUAGAUGAAUAUUUUCAAGACCAAGUGGAUGAGUAAAGAGUGUAUAUACCAAAAGAAGAGAGAAAAUAGCCUGGUUGCAAAAUAUGCCUAAAUAAGGAAUCCUUCUCUGAAUAUUUGUGGGUGUUGGUUUUUUUUGUUUGUUUGUUUUUUUAAAUAUCAAAACUAUAACUUGAAUAAAUGGCUAGAGGAAGCCAGUCGUGCAUUUCCACAUUAUUACUUUAAGAAAUAAUUGUCAUUAUUGUAUAUAAAAUACUUAGCUGCAGUCACAGAAAGCUAAAUUCCAUACAUAUAAUUGCAUUUCUUCUGUAAAUGCUCGAUUGCUUGAAAAAUCUGGGGGUUGUAGAGGGGCACUGUCAAAAUAAAAAUCAUAUAUAUUUUUUUCUUCCCCUGUUACUAGUAGGGAGAAAGUUUAAAAAAAAACUAGUUUACUUACCAUUUACGCUGUUGGUUGACAUUUUGUAUUUCAUUCAUACAACUAAAAAUGGAGUAGUCAUUUUCACUUUCUGGUUAGUUGUGUGCUAAUUUAAUGUUACUGGGUUUUGGUUCCCAG